AUGUCGAUGCAGAAUCAACCAAUCUUCUCCGGAAAGCCAGUGGAAGAUGUCGAUCUCUAUAUCGACCAGUGCCGGUUUAUGCGGGCAGGGAUGCAGAUGACACCGGAAGAAAAGAAACAAGCCAUUGCCACAACUUUAUUUGUCGGGUUGCGGGAUGGCGCCUUGAGGUUUGGACGCACUCUCCCGAAGACACAUUAUGAUGAUGCGUUGGACCCGAUUGAUCUGGAUUUCUUUAUCCGUUUUCAACUAAGGGGCAGGAUUCGCCGCCAAGGCGAUAUUACCAAGAGAAGGGUGCAGAUGGCACAUGAAUAUGCACUGUAUCAGUAUAGACAGGGGAAAAUCACGGAUGUCGCCCAGGGAGGGCAAUAUACUCGGGUCUAUCUGUGCGACAGCCCAUGGGCACAAAACACCCAAGCACCUAAGCAGUGGCAUGGUGCCCCACUCCCAACCAUUCGAAAAGCCAUUGGGGCACUUGGAAGCCCUAGGAUAGGGCGUAUUCCUCAGGACAUGGUGAUGAAGCUUACCAUCCUUCGAGACUUGUACUACUUGGAUGACGACGAGACUGAAAGAAGACAUCAAUUGGAACGUCCGAGUAAGGAGGACAAUUAUCAGGACUCUGACGAGGAGGAGGACGACAACAGGUACGAAGAGGAAGAGGAAGAGGAAGAGGAAGGGGAUGAGGAUGAGGAUGAGGAUGACGAGACUGAAGCGGAAAGUAAGGGUGUUUUUAAGACGUCCUAG